CCAACCCCGCGCACGUUUGCGAAUGGAGCUUCGCAAUUUUCGAGUCGCCGGAGCUCCGAUCUCCUAUCAAAUCAGCCGUCAGACUUAAAAGCAAUCAUCUUUAGCUGAAAUCUUAGUUUGCGAGGUGAGUAGUGUUCGUCCCUUCUCUGUAAAUUCAUUGUUGGGGCUACGUUUGGUUGCUGAGAAAAUGUGGCAAAGUGAUUGAAAGAAAAUGAGCAUUUCGAGUGUCAAAGUUUCCAACUUUGAAGGUUAGCAAUGAUGUAUUUACCAAUUUGGACCAAAUUGAAGAACUUGUGUUUUGAAUUAUUUCAGUUUGAUCUUAAAUCUCCAGUCUUUAUUGGAAAUUUGUGUUUCUCCACAUCAUGCCUUCUGAACAAAAUCAUAUAAUCAAAUCCAGAGUUAUGAACAAAAUCUCAUUGAAGCUUUCAAAUUUUAGCACUAGUCCAUACAAAUCCAAAAGAUGGGUUUAGUCAAACCAGUUUCCAAACAGCCUUCAUCUUCAUGGGCUCCCCAAAAGCUCAACCAUUCAAUAAUAUCAUUGAAUCAAAUUGACCUGAAACCACUUCCUGAAAGUGACUCUCAAUUUAUUACUUGGGCAGUGAUGAAUGUGGUGGAUAAUGAUUUAUCUCCAGAUAUUUGUGCUAUUAUUUAUUAUAUAUUGUACUUCACGAGGCCAGAAUCUUCUCCUACCAUCAUACCAUGUGCACUUUGCCUUUCCUUUUUUCUGGGUCCCAAAACAAAUUCACCCCUAGCUGCCAAAUGUUCACGGCCUUGUUGAAACAUGUACAACUAAGAUUUCAGGUCUCAUUAGGUUUGCUUUUGUAGAAGCACUUCUAUUAAAAGUGCUUUCUGAUUUAUAACCUAGAAGCAUUCUCUACCAUACUGUGUUACAAUUGCUUUUAGUUGUUUGUAGUUAUUUGAAAACGCCUUUUGCCGGUUUAAAAACAGUCCAAAUCCCCUCUCAAUUUUUCGAUGAAAAGAUGGUAGACAGAUCCUUCUAGUGCUUGAAAAAGGUCAUUAAAAAAAAGGAUAAAUCAUAGAACUUCAACAUAGACACCAAAUUUUCAAGUCAUAAUCCCAUUCAGAGUAUAAAAUUUAUAAAAAUCACAAACCCAAAAAGCAAAAGAAAAAACAAAAAUUGAAACACACCCUUCUCUCUUCGCAAGAAAAGUAAAGUUCUUUGGCAUCCUCCAACCUCAACUAGACAGCUGCACAUACUUCUUCUUCUUCAAUGGAUCGUCUGCUACCCUCUGCCUCUGUACUCACACUUCUCAUCCUCUCUUUCUUCUCAGGAGUGAACUCUGCCUCUUUCAAGCUAGUGAACAAGUGUCGGUACGAAGUAUGGCCUGGCGUGCUUUCCGGCGCGAACACGGCUCCGCUCUCCCCAACCGGCUUCGCGCUCAAGCCCGGCAAGUCCCGGACCCUAUCCGUGCCCAAAGCCUGGUCGGGUCGGAUCUGGGCGCGGACCCUCUGCACCGAGUACUCACCCACCAACUUCUCCUGCGUCACAGGCGACUGUGGCUCCGGAAAAAUCGAGUGUGCAGGCAGCGGCGCGAAGCCGCCAGCUACUUUAGCCGAGUUCACUCUCAACGGCGCCGACGGCUUGGAUUUUUAUGACGUCAGCCUGGUGGACGGGUACAACCUGCCGAUGCUUGUGGUGCCACGUGGAGGUACAAGAGGGGGAUGCAGCGCCACGGGGUGUCUUGUGGACUUGAACGGCAAGUGUCCCAGGGCGUUGAGGGUCGCGCGCGAGGGUGAAGUGGGGAGAGUGGCGUGUAGGAGCGCGUGCGAAGCGUUUGGGGAUCCGCAGUUUUGUUGCAGUGAGGCGUACGCUACGCCCGACACGUGUCAGCCCUCUGUGUUCUCGCUGUUUUUUAAGCAUGCUUGCCCACGCGCGUAUAGCUACGCGUAUGAUGACAAGACUAGUACUUACACAUGCGCCUCUGCGGACUACAUUAUAAUCUUCUGCCCUUUGCCUUAUACAAGUCUAAAGGUGCUGGGAAUACGAAAAGAUGGGGCGGUGCUACCGCUGGUUAACAAGACCAUGAUGUACUUUUAAGGAGACAUAGUGCUAGCAGUGUUUCUUCAGCUAUGGUUCGGAUGCCUCUAGUGCAGCAGUACGUUCUGUUUUCCAGUUUUGGUCACUUCUAGCACAUGCUUUAUAUGACUAAUAUUGGUCCUCCCGUUUCCAGGAAGAAAGUAUUACAAUCCCGGUUGAAUAGCAGGUGGCAUGGCUGUACUAGCUAUCCACCCAUCACUCCUCACUGCAUUUGCUAUUAGUUCAUCGGAAAUGGUUGUGGGAAAAAAUAAAAUCCUUAAGAAAUCUUGUAGUUUAGUAUUUGUUCACUCCUAUUCAGUCAUAAAUACGUAGGACUGUUGGAAUUUUGCCUCUGGUGACUUUUUUCUUCAAAAUAUCUGUAAUAUUAGGAGAAAAUCCGAAUUCCCAUCAUUUUUGAGAAACUGCAUGUUCUUAUGAAGUAGUUAUGCAGAUGCUAGGUUAGGAUGGAAGCGUAUAUGUAAAGAUGCAGAUAUGGCAUCUUAUGUGCUUGUGGAUAUAAAGUUUAUCCCACUUAUGUGUUCUUUGUUGCCCCUCUAGUGCAGCAGUACGUUCGGUUUUCCAGUUUCGGUCACUUCUAGUACAUGCUUUAUAUGACUAA